CCGGUGUGUCUGAAUCAUGAAGUCUGCCACCUUCUUCCUCCUGCUGGUCACUAUCGCAGGCAUAGCCGCGGAUGACACCCAUAAUCCACACUGCGACCAUGACGAGCAGAAGCUGAAGGAGGUGGUUGCCUGUGUGAAGCAAAAAGCCACCGAUGAGAUUUUUAAGAAACUGGAAGCGGCACGCAAGGCUCUUCAGUGCCCCGACAUUGAAUGCGGCGUGCGUAAACUCUGCCGCAUGCAUAAUGGAGCAGUGACUGCAGAAGUCACCAGGCGGUUCUACUCCGAUGAAGUCAAGGCGAUCAUUCGUGGCCAUUUUGACAGCUGCCGUGACCAGGUGUAAGGCGUGCAUCCAUGUCCAUCUGUCAACCGCGAACUGCGCACUCAUAUUCCAGAAUAAAAUAUUUUGCACAGACCUACUCG